AUCAGCUCGGCGGCCCGGGCGUUCUGAGCCCGCCCCCUGGCGAAGUUGGCUACAUUGUAGCGAGCCGCCAGCGCAGGCUGCUUCUUUCGCCGCCGCCAUGGGAGCCGAGCCGCCCCGCCUGGCCCGCCAGCUGUUCCUGCGGGGCUUGGCCGCCGUCUACGUCGCCGCCUUCGCCUCGCUCUACGUCCAGGUCCCCGGUAAGCGCGGCGUAGAGAAGGGUCGCCCUUCCCCGGGACUCGGGCCCUUGCUGCUGCUGCUGCUGCGCAAGGCUCGGCUCCGUCCCGGGGGCCGGUGAGGGCCCCGCGGGCCGGAGAGAGGGAGGAGGCCGCCGGGGAAGGGGUGGGAAGAGGGCCAGGGUUUGUGCUAAGGGCCGCGAGGGAGAAGCGGGAAGCCUUGAGCCGAGCCAUUGCACUCUGCACGCGCUCAGGUGCCCUCUUGCUCUCCUGCACGGGAAGUGGCGUUUUGAGGCUCCUUGGGGGGGGUGGGGGAGAGUUUCGCUGGGUCUGCACGAAACGUGGGUAGCAGCUCUCGGGGGGCGAGCGCGUGGCGUGUGGGUUCGGGUGUUCUCAGAAACCGGGCCUGGCUGCAUUGCAGCGGGUCGGACUGGAUGACCUUUGGGGAUCCCUUUGGACUCUUAGCAUUUUGUGAUGCUGAGGAUUCUAGGCAUUGUAAGCUGGGGGCUGCAGGUGAGGCCGGAGGGAAGCAUGCACGGAACCCCGCGUGUGUGUGAGAGAGGGAGACGUGGCUGUCGGCUUGGGCCUGGAAGGACCGGGACAGAUGCUGGCAACUUCGGAGGAGCCGGCCCGGGCAGCGGAGUCGGGUCUUUGCAGGGCGCCCCUCUGGCUCGGCAGGUGGAGCCAGCUCCGCUUCCCCGGGAGCAGCUUGCUACAAAGCAGGGGUCUCCAACCUGGUGCCCUCCAGAUGUUGAAGUCUGCAGCUUCCUCCAUACCUGACUCUUAACCGUGUUGACAGGGGCGAACUUUGGUGAUACGGUAAAACUGCUGGAAUCAUAGUCCAAAACAGCUGGAGGGCACUGGGUGAACCCAUUAUUCAUGUUUGUCCUGUUAUUCCUCCUGUAGGAACACAGGGUGAUUAUGCAAUACCGUGGAAAUAUACCCUAACAUUGCUAACAGCUUUAUUCAGGGCAGGGGUGGCAAACUUGGGACUCUCCAGAUGUUGCUGAUGGGAGCUGGAGGAGAACAACAUCUGGAGUGCUACAGGUUCCCCAUCCCUGGCCUAGAAUUCUGGUCUUGAUCCAAGGUGGGUUGCAGCAGGUGUACGACCCCUGUGCAAGUACGUGGUGACAGAUUAAGGGGUCCCCAAAUCCGUGUUUGGGUUAGAAGGGGGUCUUGAGUCUGCAAAGGUGGGAGGCGGCUGAUCUGAGUCCUCUUCAGCUAAACGGGUCUGUGGCCCGGCCCCCUUCCUCACAGGGCCCUGUUGCUGGAAACCAUGCCAGAGGAGAGGGUCAAAUCCUACUUGCGGGUUUCCUGUCGGGGAACCUGGGCUCAGUGGGCCAGUGGCCUGAUCCAGCAGCUAGACUCUUCCAAUUGAACCUCCAGGGCCAGCGGCAGUCUAUCCACCUUCCUAGGCUCCAUGGGGCAUUAGGCUGCUAUGGGAUGCCGGGGUAGACGGACUGUCGGCCUAAUCCUGCAGGUCUCCUCUCACGGUCCCAUCUGCCCUAAAGAGCCCACCCCUUACCUUCUCCCCCACCCAAAUCCUGCCCCUUCUCAGCAAGUCCCGGCUGUGGAACGGAGCCCACUGCCCUCAGCCACCCCCUUUCUCCAGGGCCGGAUAUCCUAUGGAACUUUCCCUUCCCUCUGCUGCGCCCCUCCCUCCCCUUUCCACAUAACACGUGGCAUCCACAUUGCAAUAGUGCAAGCUGGGUGCAGGAUUUUUUUGGGGGGGGUGAAGUUGUCAGUGCAUGCGGCUUGCAGUCAGCUCUUGCACACUUUUUACUUAUGCCUUCCCCUUCGCCCAGCCCAUCCUGCCUGCAGCUACUGUCGGACCAGACCCCCCCCUCCUGGUUUCUCUUCCCCUUUUCUGUAAGUUUCCUGCCAGCCUUUCCUUCCCCUCCGGCUUCUGGGACCUCUGCCAAGGGCCUCUCAUGCUUCCAAAUCCAGCUCUUAAUCUCCUUAUGGCUGGAGGCUGUGCCGAAAAUCAAGCCCAGGGCCCUGUUCAGCUGGGGGAAGUUUCCCCCGCGCAGCCCAAAGCCGUCCUUUUGCUUUCCGUGGCCCCUUGCAAACUCAGGGAAAUCUCCCAGUUGUCCUUCCCAGGUGGUCCCCACUGGUGAGUUGGGGUCUUCCUCUGCAGGUGGUGGGUUGAGCAGAUGAGACCCAGCGUGGGUCCAACGGUCAAGAAGGCAGCUUCUGCAGAGGGAAGUGUGGGGCAGGGGGGGCUCAACCACCUGGGGUGGGAACCCAUUGAGGAGAAGGAGAAUUCAGAUCCUAAGCCUGCGGGACAUCGUUAGGAGAAGAAAAUAGUAAUAAUAAUUUUUAUUUAUACCCCGCCCUUCCCAGUUCAAAAACUGGGCUCAGGGCAGCUAACAACAAAUUUAGAACACUUAAUUGUAAAAGCAGCAUAAAAUAUAAUAUAAAAACAAGAAUAACAAUGAAAUUCAAAAAUCAAUUAGAAAAGGGUCAUGUGCAAAGCCUACACAAAUCCGGAGUCCCUAAGACAGUUGGAUGGUGCCUUGUACACCUCCUUGCAGCAUCUCCAACAGCCAAGCUCUCCUUUCCUUUGGACCCCAUCAGCCGCCAGGUCCAGAGGGGGUUUCUUGUCCUUUGGGCAGCCCCAGACCUCCAGGCACACAGCCCAGUCUUGCGGCCCGGGGAGGUUGCUUCUAACACAGCAGUUUGGCUUCACCAUCGGAGGUGCACUCCAUUGUUGUCUUUUGAGACAACAACUGUCCUUCCUAGGGAGGUGGGCUCCUCCACACAUACUUUUUGGGGCAUGGGACCAUUGCAGCAGGGGAAGGGUUGUGGUUCAGGGGGUGGGACACUUGCUUCAGAUCCUGUCUCCCUGAAGGGGCAUCUCCACCCCCAUCGUCCAGCCCGGACACUGAGGUCCAGCUCCGAGGGCCUUCUGGCGGUUCCCUCCCUGCGAGAAGCCAAGUUACAGGGAACCAGGCAGAGGGCCUUCUCGGUGGUGGCGCCCGCCCUGUGGAAUGCCCUCCCAUCAGAUGUCAAGGAGAUAAACAACUACCUGACUUUUAGAAGACAUGUGAAGGCAGCCCUGUUUAGGGAAGUUUAUGUUUGAUGUUUUUCAUCUCCGCCAAGCUAAGCAGUUGGCUCCUUACCUCUCUUGCCCUGACCUAGCCACUGUGAUUCAUUCAACGGUCACCUCCAGACUUGAUUAUUGUAACUCGCUCUACGUGGGGCUGCCCUUGAGACUGACCCAGAAACUCCAGUGGGUGCAGAAUGCCACGGCGAGACUCCUUACAGGGUCUUCGCUGCGAGAUCACAUUCACCCAAUGCUAUACCAGCUGCACUGGCUCGCGGUGGAGUACAGGGUCGGGUUUAAGGUGCUGGUUUUAACCUUUAAAGCCCUAUACGGCCCAACACCCUCAUUCCUACGGGACCACUUCUAUGUCCCACGGAGGACCUUACGGUCUUCAAACAAAAACACUUUGGAGGUCCUGGGCCACAGGUUAGGCUGGCCUCAACCAGAGCCAGGGCUUUUUAGGCCGUGGCCCCGAUCUGGUGGAACGCUCUGUCACAAGAGACCAGGGCCCUGCGGGACUUGAUAUCUUUCUGCAGGGCCUGCAAGACAGAGCUGUUCCGCAGGCCUUUGGUCAAGGCACAGCCUGACCCCCCCUUCAGUAAAACUCACAGAACUCUAGCCCAAUGGUUGCCAUUAAUUUGAUUUUGAAUUCAUUUUAGAAUGAAUUGAUUUAGAAUGCAUUUCAAUUGAUUGAUUGUGAUUUUAUGUGAACUGUGUUGCUUCUAUUGUUGUUGGCCGCUCUGAGCCCGGCUUCGGCUGGGGAGGGCGGGAUAUAAAUACAAAUUAUUAUUAUUAUUAUUAUUAUUAUUAUUAUUAUUAUUUGCCCAGUGGCUGGGGCAACCCAGAUGGGUGGCAUGUAUAUAAUAAAUUAUUUGCCGAAAGACCUGGGUUCAGUCCCUAAUGGCAUCUUCAGCUGGGAGAGCCCCCCACCUCUGAUCCCGCAGAGUGUUGCUGCCAGUCCGUGCCGACAACUCUGAGUUAAAUGGACCAAUGAUGUUGGGCCUGCCAGGCUAGUUGGUGUUUUGCAGGGAUGGGCAUUGAAGUUCAAAACAUCAGGAGGGCGCCAAAUUGGGGAAGGCUGGAGCUGGGGGAUCUGUUGGGGUCGGAGGUGCCGUGCCCCCCCAUAAAGGGGUGGGCAGGACAAGGUCUUGCCUGUGGCCGCUGCCACCAACUCCUCCUGCUUCGACCUCCUCGCAGGCCUCUAUGGGAAGGAUGGCAUCCUGCCCGCCCGGAAGGUGCUUCGCUUCACUGGCAAGGGCUUCUGGGAGCAGCUGCGCGACUCGCCCACCCUGCUGUGGCUGGGGCCACGCCUGGGACUGGACACGGAGCAGGGCCUGGAGCUGCUCUGCCUGCUGGGGACGCUGCUCUCCUUCGGGGCCCUGAUCCUGGAGCCUCUGCGAGACAGCCUGGUCUUCCUGGCCCUUUGGGCGUUCUACCUCUCCGUUUAUCAGGUAUGGGGGGCGGCAAGUGGCGCGUGGCCUUGGGGUGUGUGUGGCAGCAGUAGGGGGCAGUCGGUGCCUGCUUGCUGGUGCUUUGCAGGGGAGGGGGGGGUCCUUGGAAGCCCAAGAUAAGCAGCCAAAAUCAAAACCAUAAAAGAGCCAAGGUGACUUAGAUACCUUUCAGAGGCAGUUUUAUUCACUCAUCAGCUCUUGGCUUUAAAGACCUGCCAGCCUCUUGUCAGCCAAGCUGCGUUAAUGGCCCCCAGGAGCGGGGCCUUUUCUUCCGUGACUCCUCGUGUGCAAACCCUCGCCCCGGGAGCUCAGAGGGGCCGCUGCUUACUUGGGGGGGAAUUAGGCCCUCGAAGAGCAAAUCUCCUCCUUGCUGGGGGUGUCUUUGUAUUGGAAAUAAAUGCCUCUGUAUUCUUAAUUGUUGCGCAUCGUUUCGCUCAGCGCAUGCCUAUAUUUUCUGCCCAAGAGCUCAAGGCGGUUGGCAAUGUGCAGCACUGAAAAAAACUAAGAGGGCCAAGGCAAAACCCCUUGCCUGCCGUUCUGUGCUGUUGGCAAAUGCAAUUUAGGUUGACUGGACGGAGCCCACUUGAGUGUAAAAUCUGGAUUCUCAGCAGCCUUUAGGGUCUCUUGGGUGGGAAGACGGGGUAUUAAAUGGUUUAAGCCAGCAGCUGUCAAAAAUCCCCGUGUUGCGUAAACUCACCCCCAGUGCCCCCUCUCCUCCCGUAUGAAUAGCAUUAUUCAGGAUAGCAGGUUGCGUGACCCACAUGAUAGCCCGGUAAAAUUGCAUUCCUAUCUGGGGAAGGUGAGGUAUUAAUAACUACAUAACAGUAAUCAGUAAAAUUCAAAACAAUUGCACAUUUAUUCAAAAUCCAGUUAAAAUUAUAUAGCUUAAAUCAAUGCAAUGGGUGAACUUGAUCCGGUGACAUCAGCUUUUACACUUCCAGUGCCCCCUUCUUGCCCCCUUGCUCUUAGCCCCCCACCCCCGGCCAGGUAAUCUCACUGCCCCCCCUCUCUGUGGGUAGUACCACCCACUAUGGGAGCCGCUGCUUUAAGUCACACAGUUAAGUGAGCCCCCGCAAUAUUUUAAGUGAGCCCCCGCAAUAUUUUGUGUGGGGUUUGAAUUGUUCCAACUUGGCUGUGUCGUGAAAUGUGCUCCCUUUGCCUUCUGCGCCGUCGUCCCCGGCCCCCCCCCCGGCUCGGCUAGGUCAGCUGGCAAACCUUUUGCCAGCUGACACAGAAGGAAAAAACAGAGCGAGAAUUUCGUAGUGCGUUGUUCCAAGAUCGGGAUGACUUGGAGCGAAGGAGGCUUUGACCCCCCAAACAGGAGGGAAGGGGCUUCAGAUGAGGAGCAAGCCCUGAGUCACCGUUCAUCCAGAGUUUUGGGUACCACUUCAGAUGUUCCUGCGUUCUUCCCUAAGGUCAGGGGAGUCACAGCGUGGAGAGGGAUUCCCUUGCUUUUAGAGCAUCUCAGAGUGACAUUCCAGUCUCCUCCGCCAGGCUGUCUUCUCCCUCCUUCCUUUUAAGGCUGUGUUUGAGCGCAGAGGAUUCCAGCGGACAGACAAAACUCUGACCUAGAUCUGGGGAGGGGUGGGUCGUUUCAGGAAUCCUCCCGCGACCAGAAUUGGCGCUUGUCGUCGCAUCUCCCUCUGGGCACAGACUCUCCGUUCUGUGCUGUGCCCUAUUGAUCCAGCCCCAGAUGUCUUCCACGUCCCGGUUGAUGGGAGAAUCUCUGCCAGUGGGGUGGGAGAGCUUUGGAGAGGUUGAGAAUUUAGAAGGUUUGGAAAAGGGCCGUCAGAAUUACCAAAGGGAUGCAGGCAGUUUUUGAGGGGUUUAUCUUAAAGGCGACGGGAUAGAAAGCUUAUAAAAUUAUUCUGGGGGUGGAGAAAGUGGAUAGACAAAGGCUUUUUCUCCUCCAUAACACUGGAACUCAUGAAUAUCCAAAGAAGUGGAAGAUCCAGGUCAGACAAAAGAAAGUUCCUCUUAGUUAGACUGUGGAACUCCCUGCCACAAGAGGCAUCAACGGCCAUCAAUGCGGAUGGCUUUAAAAGAGAUUGAGACAUAUUCAUGGAGGAGGAGACGGCUGUCAGUGGCUGAUAGCCAGGAUGGCCCAUGCUCUGGUCUCCGCAGUCAGAGGCAGCAAUGUUCCUGAAUGCCAUUUCUUGGGAAACACAGGAGAGGAGUGUGGUUUCAUGCUUGAAUCCUGCUUCUGGGUUUCCCCGCAGGCACCUGGUCGGCUAGUGUGAGCAGUGCCGGAUUUACAUAUAAGCUAAGCGAGCUAUAGCUUAGGGGCCCCCAAAAAAAUUAAAGGGAAAAAAAACCCCUGGAUGUACAUUUCCAAAAUAUAAGAUAACAAACAAAAUAAAAACUACAUGCAGCAACAGUGUUUUGUGUUGUGUUGGCUCCUAUGAUGUAAGUCACGGGCCCCGCCUGCUCGCCUACUCCCUGAAAUAUCACUGGUUUGCUCCUUCCUAUAUAUAAGGUGCCUACAUUCUGCAUGGGCUGUUUCAUGGCAAUGUGCAAAUGGCUUGAGACACCUAUGAGGUCCAUCAAUGACCAUAUAGCAUCUAUUCAACACAAAAAGCAGCAACCAUUUGUUGUGGAAAAAGGAGAGCUGGACAUAUCAAGGGCCCCAUGACCUUCAGUAGCUGAGGGCCUCAUCAUACCACACCCGGCCCUGAGUGUGAGAGCAGGAUUCUGGGCUAGAUGGGCCAUUGGCCUGAUCCUGCAGGUUCUCCUCCUGCUUCCAUUGCUAUUCCCCAAAUUGCAAGUCCUUGGCCCAAAGGUGGCAGCUGCUGGGUUGAUCCCGAGAGCUUGACGUCCUCUGAAAAAGGGGCCAGUCCUGCGCUCUCCCUCCUCCUUCCCGGGUUCCUCUUCCCACGCCAUUGUGCUGUCACGAGUUGACAGCCCCCGGGACCUCCUGGCGGGUUGGGCAGGCGGUGGAGCGGCUCUGGAUCCGAGCCCGUGGCAAGGGAGCUGGGUUCAGCGCCAGCAAUCUGCAGCCGGCCCUCAUCCUUCUCCUCUGUCUUGGCUCCCUCCCUGCGUGGGGGCGGGCGAGGCGCAGGUCCAGUUGGCGGGCCGUGCAGCCCUCUGCGGGAAGAUCUUGGUGGAGAUUUCACCGGGGGGGGGGAGUUGCAUGCAUUGGGGGAAACCCAAACCUGCACAGUUCCGCAGGGAGUGGGCAUGCACAACGCGCUUGCCACUUGCAUCCCUCUUCUUCUUAUUUAUUCUCAGUUGGAUCUAUUGCCCAUCCUUCACCCUAAGGUCUCAGGGAGGGUCAAAGCAAUCUAUUGCAGUGGUUUCCAAAGUGGGAACUAGUGUCCCUAAGAGGGGGCAAUUAGAUUAUUGGGGGGGGGGGUGCUAGGGGCAGCAGAGGAGCUCAGGAGUAUUGUUUAUGAAAUUUGUAUACUGCCCUAAAUUAAAUUAAAUUUGUAUGCUGCCCUACUGCAGGCUAAAAUCACAAUACAGUGGUACCUCGGGAUGCGAACGGGAUCCGUUCCAGAGCCCUGUUCGCAUCCUGAAGUAAACGCAACCUGCAUGUGCACGUGUGUGGGUCGUGUUUCGCUGCUUCCACGCAUGUGCGUGAUGUCAUUUUGACCUCCUGCGCAUGCGUGCGCGGCAAAACCCGGAAGUAACGCGCUCCGUUACCUCCAGGUCGCUGCGGAGCGCAACCUGAAAAUGCUUAACUUGAACCACAUUUAUCCCGAGGUAUUACUGUACAGUAUAAAAGCACAAGAUACAUAAAUGACAACCCAAUAAUAUCCCUCUCCCCAGCAUGUUUUUAAAGGGCGUUGGGAGUAAAGGACUGUUAGACUUUGAAAAGCAGGAAUCGCCAGAUUGAAUUCGUCAGAUUGGCUCAAUUAAUUAAACCAAACCAUUUUUAGCUGGGUUUCGAAGAAAGGUGCAACUCGCUGUUCCUGCUUUGAAUUUCAUGGUGCUAUUUAUUGAAGCUGAAUCUUUCUGGCAACACACGACAGAACCACAAGACUGGUGUAAAAUAUGCAAACAAAAGUUUCAUUACCACUACACAAAACUACAAACGCAGAGUGUGUGGGUGUUCUCUUUCUGCAGGCAAAUUUGAACUGCAACUUCUUCUUCCUUUAUACAUAUUACCAUCUGUGCCUAAUCAGCCUAGAAAACCACACCCAGAACUCACAGAAAAAGUCCUUAAAGUUCUCUGCACCCUUUUACUGUUUCUUAACGAAUGAUACCUAACACUAUUACCAUCCUUGGUGGGUCGUGCAAAUCGCUCUUCUGAAUGAUGCCUUUUAAAAAAAAAUUUAAAAAUAGGGCAGGGGGAUCUGGGGAUGAGUUUAGGGAACCAAGGGGGUAGUAGCCCCAAAUGGGUUUGGGAAACACCUAAAAUAGAACCAGUAUAACAGAUUGCAGUCUCAAGAAUAGGAAUAUUCAGAAGUACCGUAUUUUUCGCUCUAUAAGACGCACCAGACCAGAAGACGCACCUAGUUUUUGGAGGAGGAAAACAAGAAAAAAAUAUAUUCUGAAUCUCAGAAGCCAGAACAGCAAGAGGGAUCGCUGCGCAGUGAAAGCAGCAAUCCCUCUUGCUGUUCUAGCUUGUGGGAUAGCUACACAGCCUGCAUUCGCUCCAUAAGAUGCACACACAUUUCCCUUUACUUUUUAGGAGGGAAAAAGAGUCUUAUAGAGCAAAAAAUACGGUAUUCAACUCGGGUGUCCACGGCCAGGGUAAACUGGCGCAUCUUUGGCAGUUGUUGAAAAGUGCUUAGUGACAGUUCUUCUGUGGGGAGGGAGUCCCACCGCAGAGGCACCCUCUGGGCUGCCUCCACCCAAACCUCUGCGGAUGGGAGGUGGGGGGCGGGUCCACCAAAAGGGUCCCCUUUGCUGAUUUCAGCACAGACAAGGGUCUGUAGGGAAGCAGGCAAAGCUUCAGAUAUUUGGAGCGUCCUGAGCCUUUUAGGGGCGUUCGAGGUAGUGGGGGAGCCAGAGGCAAGCUGGCCACCGAAAUCUGCAAGCGGCUGUAUCUGAAAACCGUGAGAUUUGCCAGGGUGGUUUUUUGCCAGCGGUGCUACAGCUGGGAGAUGGGUGCAAAGAAAAUAAUUAGUCGAAAUGGAGUGGACGGAGGGGGUCUGAACCCCGUUUGAUGUGUGCUCUCCCCUUUCUCUCCCCACAGGUUGGACAGGUCUUCCUGUAUUUCCAGUGGUAAGUGGCAUAUCGCAUAAUAAUAAUAAUAAUAAUAAUAAUAAUAAUAAUAGAGUGGUGCCUCGCAAGACGAAAUUAAUCCGUUCCGCGAGUCUCUUCGUCUUGCGGUUUUUUCGUCUUGCGAAGCACGGCUAUUAGCGGCUAUUAACGGCUUAGCGGCUUUAAGAAAAAGGAAACAAACUCGCAAGAAUUCGCAAGACGUUUCGUCUUGCGAAGCAAGCCCAUAGGGAAAUUUGUCUUGCGGAACGACUCAAAAAACGGAAAACUCUUUCAUCUUGCGCGUUUUUCGUCUUGCGAGGCAUUCGUCUUGCGAGGUACCACUGUAAUAAUAAUAAUAAAUAUUUAUACCCCAAGCAUCUGGCUGCGUUUCCACACUGGGCAGCUCCCAACAGAAUAUUAAAAACACAAUAAAACAUUAAACAUCCAGACUUUGGGUGUGGCGCUUCCUUUCUCUGACCUGCUGGGGACGGCAGACUGCAAAUGACAUCCAGGCUGUGGCGUGUGUGUGUGUGUGUGUGUGUUGCAUGUCCUCUGCUCUCAGCCUUCCGUUUUAAAAAAGAGGGGAUUAAAGAGGACGGCAAUUAUGCAAUUAUUGUUUGCAUAAACUGGGGGACGGAACGUGCACAUCCAAUCCUCGAGACCACGGAUGGCUAAAAUCUGGGACAGGGGUUAAGCUUUCCUGCAUGUUGAGGAGCAGAGAGGACGGACAGCUUUGCAAAGUGGGCCGUGGCGUCGCUGUGCGUCAGGAGCUGAGUGGCAGGAUGUAGCCCCUGGGAUCUGCGCCUCCUUGCUUCAUCCUGCAAGCUUGCCGUCAUUUGUUUGGAAGCAGAAUCUGGCAUUUUGGUGGUGAGGACAGAAUUUAUAUUUUUUUAAUUUUUCUGUUGCGAACCGCCCUGAGAUCGAUGGUUAUAGGGCGGUGUACAGGUUGAAUAAGUACAGUAGUACCUUGGAAGUCAAACGGAAUCUGUUCUGGAAGUCCGUUCGACUUUCCAAAACAUUUGGGAACCAAGGCGCGCCUUCCGAUCAGCUGUAGGAAGUUCCUGCAGCUGAUCGGAAGCCACGUCGGAUGUUUGGGUUCCCAAGAACGUUCAGGAACCGGAACAGUCACCUCUGGUUUUUGAUUGUUUGGGAGCUGAAACGUUCAACUCCCAAGGCAUUUGAAAACCAAGGUACGACUGUAAUAUAAUAAUAAUAGAUUAAUUAUUUUUUAUUAAGUUUUACAAUUUGAUAUCGAACACAAUCAUUAUUGUCACAAAAAUAAUCUAUAAAUCCCUAUCUCCCUCCCCUCUCCUGUGACUUCCCUCAACUUCCUCUUCUGGUUCUUUGAAUGUUUGUUUUUCCUGCCUAUUUUAUUUUACCUUAAUUUUGUAAUCUUUUACUUAAAUAUUUUUGUAAUCUUAUCAUUUUUGUGCCAUAUUUGUAUUACAUCUUACCCUUUAUUGUUUCCCCAUUAUUACCUCUUAACUUUUAUGCUUAAACGCUGCUAGUGAGUCCACAUCUUGACAAUGUUUCUGUAAGUACAACAUAAACGGUUCCCAGUCCUUUUUGAAGUCUCUACGGUCCUUGUCUCUUAGUUUUGCCAUUUCAGCAGGGCCGUCUUUAGCAGAUGCAGCACUGGGGUGCAAAUAUCCGCCCAGCGCCCCCAAAUUACCACGGCUAGUGUUGGGGUGCCCGCAGCUGCUCACUGGCAGCCAUGGGGGGUGGGCACAACUCUCCUCCAUGUCGCUGUGGGAGAGCGAUCCCCGCAGAGGUUUGGGAGGGAAGCUGCGUGCCCACCAGCCUUAUGGUUGGCGGGGCGCAGCUGGCGGGCGUGCAGGGAAAGGGGAGCCCCCCGGCAAAGCCGCGCAGCUCCUCCACUCGCUAGGACACCCCUGAGAGGCCGGCACCCUGGCGCGACGCACCACUAAGCCCUACGGGAAAGAUGGCUCUGCAUUUCCGCCUACUCCAUCAGUUUUUCUUGCCAUUCUUCUUUGGUUGGUACAGUGGACGCUCGGGUUGCAAAUGUGAUCUGUGCGGGAUGCAUGUUCUCAACCCGCAGUGGCGCAUCUGCGCAUGCACAGGUUGCGAUUCGGCGCUUCCGCGCAUGCAAAAACACAAUUUAGCGCUUCUGUGCAUGCGCCGGAACCCGAAAGUAACCCGUUCCGGUACUUCCAGGUUUCGGCUCAUCCGUAACUUGAAAAAACGCAACCUGAAGCGUCUGUAACCCGAGGUAUGACUGUAUCUUGUCGUCUUUCCAUCUUUGGGUUAGUAACAUCCUAGCCGCUGUUGUGGCAUACAUAAAUAGUCUAUUCCACUCUUUUGGCAAGACUUGACCUGUAAUACCUAGCAAAAAGGCUUCUGGUCUUUUAACAAAAGUUGUCUUAAACAUUCUGUAACAAAAUAAUGAGACCCAGGCGUUGACCCUGUGUGUCUGUGUGUAGGGCAGCAUCCCAGAGCGGGUGGCCUCCCCUGACUUCUCCCCCAACCUCCCCGUAUCUUUCUCCCCAUCCCAGGGACAGCCUCUUGCUGGAGACGGGCUUCCUGGCAGUGCUGGUGGCCCCGCUUCACCUGCUCAAGUGGCGCACAACGGCCUGGCGGCCCCACGACGGAGUGACCUUUUGGCUGUUGCGCUGGCUGCUCUUCCGCCUCAUGUUUGCCUCGGGGGUGGUGAAGCUGACCAGCCGCUGCCCCACCUGGUGGGGGCUCACAGGUCAGUGGGGAAAUCGCAGGCGAAGAAGUCGCGGCAGCAAAACGAAGAGGCAAGGCCUGGAUUUGAAAGCCGUAGUGUUAUAAAAUCAGGAAGGGGUAGUAAACCUCAAACGGCUCUUGUUUGUGGGAAUGUUAAGGCUAGUCAGAAAGGAUAUAUUGAAUAAGUAUUAGCCUUCCUUCACUCACACUAGUGAAGUGAUAUAGGCGGAAGCUAGUUUGCAGAUUCGUUUGAAUCUCCUAGUUAAGAUUAUUUCCUGGUGUCCCCUUUAAUCCCUCUUAAAAGAAUAAAGACACGAGAGUCUUUCUGAGUAAGGUAACAAAAGGUUUACUCACGUUUCAGUUCACGGUUUGAUCCCUGAAAGUUAGGCUUUACUUAGUAGUUACAGAAAGAAACUGAGCUUCUCACGUGGAGACUGGACUCGUGUGCUGCUGGCUGAGAGCCGGCAGACAGCAAAAUCACAUUUGGAUAAGAAAAUGGUGGCAGGAGAGCAAUCAGGCAGCAAAAGAACAGCUUAGUUUCAAUCAUUGAGCAGAAGUCAGAAGUCAAUGAUGGAUCAGAAACCAGGACAGAGCCCUGUUUCGAUGUAUUCACCUUCAUCAGCUAAUUUUUAAAGGGUUGUGUAAGUUUGAAGACUUUCGGAUAAAUGUAUCCUGUUAUUUUCUACGUUUCUCAGAGAUGACAACUACGUGUGGGUAGAUCAACAUGUAUCUUGAGUUUUUCUGUGCGUUUUCCAUGAACUUACUGGUUUCUGAUCCAUAAAUGACUUCUGACUUGCUCAGUGAUUGAAACUAAGACCUUCACGUUGAAUCUAUGGACUAACCUGAACUUGUCUCUCCUCAUAAACUCUUAUCUCUAAUUCUGUAACGAAUUAUUGUGUUAUACAUAUCUUCAUGAGUUUGUAAUCUCUGUUAGAGUUUGUAAUCCUUGUCAGAAGACAUACUUUUGAAUGGAUCAGUUUUUGUUAAAAUUGACUUUUGAUUAGCGAGUAGGGAUCACUCCUGCUAUUGAAACUUACAUUAGCCUGAGCUCCUGGUGUGCUUUUUUCUUGGUAUAUUUAAUAACAAGAAUUCCAGCUUAUUUAACGUUAGCAAAAGAACAGCAACAAGAGAGAGACAAAACUAGAAAUCAAGGCUGAGAAAAUGGCUGCGUGACUCAACUCUUUCAUGGAGUCAGCCAGAGCCAUGUCCAUCUCCCAGGUCACAUGCCGUGAAACAGGAUGUCCCCCUAAUUGUGCCCAUUCUAGGGAAAGAAGGAAUGUUGCAUUUGACUGAUCCAAUGGAUUACAUCCCACACUGUGGCCAGAAUGUUCGGUCAGAAUCUCCUUUCUGAACCCCUCGUUCCAGAUCCUUUUAUGCAUCCCAUAACCACUUGUCUCCCCAGCUUUAACCUACCACUACGAGACCCAGUGCAUCCCCACGCCAGCCUCGUGGUUCGCCCACCAGCUGCCCGUCUGGUUCCAGAAGUUCAGCGUGGUGGCCACUUACGUCAUCGAGAUAGCCAUCCCGGCGCUCUUCUUCGCUCCUCUGCGACGCCUCCGCCUCUUUGCCUUCUACAGCCAGGUACCCACAGGCAACCUCAUUCAUUCAUUCAUUGAAUUUAUAUACCGCUCUAUACUCGGAGGUCUUGGGGCGCUUCACACAAUAUAUAAAAUCAAAAUAAGAACAAUAGCCUGAUAACAACCUCUCAAAACGAACCACUUUUUAAAAGGGCAUAGGAUGUCAAUCAGGUUUGAUUAAAAAGGAAUGUUUUUGCCUGGCGCCCAAAGGAGUACAGUGGACGCUUGGGUUGCGAACGUGAUCUGUGCAGGAUGCACGUUCGCAACCCACAGCGGCACGUUUGCGCACACGCAGGUUGCGAUUCUGCACAUGUGCAAAGCGCCAUUUAGCGCUUCGGCGCAUGCGCGACCGCCGAAACCCAGAAGUAACCUGUUUCAGUACUUCUGGGUUUCGGCAGGUUCGUAACCCACAAAACGCAACCUGAAGCGUCUGUAACCCGAGGUAUGACUGUAUAAUGAAGGCACCAGGCGAACUUCCCUGGGGAGAGCAUUCCAUGCACAGGGAGCCACUGCAGAAAAGGCCCCGUUCUCGUGUUGCCACUCUCAGGACCUCUCAAGGAGGAAGCCUCAGAAAAUGAUAUCAGGGUCCAGGUGGGUUCAUAUGGAAAGAGGCGGUCCUUGAGAUCUUGCGGUCCUGAGCCAUUUAAGGCUUCAUAGGUCAAAACCAGCACUUUGAAUUGGGCCCGGAAACUAAUCAGUAGCCAGUGCAGUCAGACCAGGAUCGGUGUAAUGCGCUCAAACUUUCAGCUGGGCUGUGGAGAUUCUCUUGCAAAUACAUCUAUUCUUGGCCCUGAUAAACGCACUUCUUUAUGUAGACCCUGUCCCUGUCCGUUUGCAUCCGGUCCAGUCGUGGGGUGGGUGGGUUGUCUUUUAAAAUCUAGGUUUAAGAUCAUAACGACAGGUUUCCGAAACCCUUUCCAGGUCCUCCUGCAGCUCCUCAUCAUCGCCACGGGCAACUACAACUUCUUCAACCUUCUCACCAUCAUGCUAAGCUUCUCCCUCCUGGAUGACGAACAUUUGGGGAUGUGGCUGGGCCACGGCCGGAAGAAAACGGCAGCCGGUAAGCGGCUUUGGUCUCCGUGGCUCUGUAAAAUGGGUCUAGCGCUAGCGACGGGGAGGGUCUGCAUCAUCUGAUCCCCAGGUGGGUGCUAGUGUCCUCUGGGAAGUUGCCAAGAGGCAAGGGGGCACUGGGGAUGCAGAGUUCAAGAAUCUGGCAUCACCAGAUCAAGUCGUCAUCCCCCUCCAGUGUUGAAUUAAGCCAAAUAGUUUUCACUGGGUUUUGAAUCAAUGUGCAUUUCAUGGUCGCUCUUUCGAAUAUUGUGUUACUAUCUUUCUUGGCGGGCUUUGCGUUCCUUCACUGCGAGAAGUGAGGUUACAGGGAACCGGGCAGAGGGCCUUCUCGGUAGCGGCACCCACCCAACAGAUGUCAUAGAAUCAUAGAGUUGGAAGAGACCACAAGGGCCAUCGAGUCCAACCCCCUGCCAAGCAGGAAACACCAUCAGAGCACUCAUGUCAAGGGGAUGAGUAACUGUACAACCUUUAGAAGACGUCUGAAGGCAGCCCUGUAUCAGGAAGCUUUUUAAUGUUUAAAGUUUUUUUAAUGUUUAACAACAACAACAACAAUUUAUACUCAGCCACUCUGAGCGGCUCCCAACAGAAUAUUAAAAAAUACAGCAUUAAACAUUAAAAGCUUCCCUAAACAGAGCUCCCUUCAGAUGUCUUCUAAAUGUCAGAUAGUUGUUUAUCUCUUUGACAUCUGGUGGGAGGGCGUUCCACAGGGUGGGUGCCACCACCGAGAAGGCCCUCUGCCUGGUUCCCUGUAACUUGGCUUCUCACAGGGAGGGAACCACCAGAAGGCCCUCGGAGCUGGACCUCAGUGUCCAGGCAGAAGGAUGGAGGUGGAGACGCUCCUUCAGGUAUACUGGACUGAGGCCGUUUAGGGCUUUCAGGGUCAGCACCAACACUUUGAAUUGUGCUCGGAAACGUCCCGGGAGCCAGUGUAGGUCUGCUGCCACGUUCUGGUUUGUUAUAUGUUGGAAGCCGCCCAGAGUGACUGGGGCGGCUCAGUCAGAUAGGCGGGGUACCAAUAAUAGAAUCAUCAUCAUCAUCAUUAUUACAAUAUUCUAAGUAAUGCUUUUUGUAGGGUAGGAGGCGCAGGGGAUGAGUUUAUCGAGCCAAGAGGGCCGGGCACCAAAACGUAUUUGGGAACCUUUUCAAAGUCUGACUCACGCUUCCAUCUCCCCCUCCUUCCCUCCCUGGUACCUCUUAGCACCCCUUUAGGCGAUGCCACUGGGGAGCAGCAAUAAGACCACCUUAGCGCAAAUUCUGAGCAGUGAACUCCUUCCUAUCUACAAUGAUGAUGAUGAUGAUGAUUUAUACCAGCCAAUCUGAGCGGCUUCCAACAAAACACUAAAAUACAAUAACCUAUUAAACAUUAAAAGCUUCCCUAAACAGGGCUGCCUUCAGAGGUCUUCUAAAAGUCUGGUAGUUCUUCUUCUCUUUGACAUCUGGUGGGAGGGCGUUCCACAGGGCGGGUGCCACUACCAAGAAGGCCCUCUGCCUGGUUCCCUGUAACUUGGCUUCUCACAGGGAGGGAACCGCCAGAAGGCCCUUGGCACUAGACCUCAGUGUCUGGGCAGAACGAUGGAGGUGGGGAGGCUCCUUCAGGUCUACUGGGCUGAGGCCGUUUAGGGCUUUCAAGGUCAGCACCAACACUUUGAAUUGUGCUCGGAAACGUAUUGGGAGCCAAUGAAGGUCUUUCAAGACCGGUGUUAUGUGGUCUCGGCGGCUGCUCCCAGUCCCCAGUCUAUCUGCCGCAUUCUGGAUUAGUUGUAGUUUCCGAAUCACCUUCAAAGGUAGCCCCACGUAGAGCACAUUGCAGGAGUCCAAGCGAGAGAUAACUAGAGCAUGUACCACUCUGGCAGACAGUUUUGUGGACAGGGAGGGUCUCAUCCUGCGUACCAGAUGGAGCUGGUAGACAGCUGCCCUGGACACAGAAUGGACCUGCACCUCCAUGGACAGCUGUGAGUCCAGAAUGACUCCCAGGCUGCGCACCUGGUCCUUCAGGGGCACAGUUACCCCAUUCAGGACCAGGGAGUCCUCCACACCCGCCCACCUCCUGUCCCCCAAACUUCUAGGAAGAUAGAUAUUUUGAGUUCCCCCAGUGGGAGGUUGGGGCCGCUGCAUCAGCCUUGAAACUCUCUUACCUCAAAGUGGGUGAGGAUUUUGAGUCACUCUCUCCGCCCUGUCUGCCCAGUGACCCAUCUAGGGGUGUGUGUCCACGGCCCCUCCAUGCCCACCCCACCCCCCUCCAUCCCUGCAUUGCUCCGUGUUGUCUCUUGUCCGCAGCUUGGCCUCCCAGCUUGGCGUCCGUCAUGUCUCUUCUGUCCGAACUGGGCGCCUAUGGCUUGCUGGUCUACUGGACGGCUCUUUACUUCGACCUGAAGGUCAACUGGGAGAAGAAGCUGAUUGAGUGCAAGGCAGGUAUGGAAACGUCAGAAUACUCAGAACUUGCAAGGAUGACGGGGAGAAUAAGGGGAAAUUCUAACCAGAAAUUUAGUAAAGAUUGGACAACGUUCAAAGAAUAUCUUAAAAAGUACUGUAAUAACACAAAUCACCUGACAGAUUUGGAUUGAAUCUUGAAGUUUGAGGAAUUUAUAAAGUAAUUUUUUUCCUGAUAAUUAACCAAAAUGAAUAAUAAAAAAUGAAGUGCGUAUAGACUAGUAAGGUAUAAAAAGCACAAUGAGGUGAAUCGGAAGUUAAAGGGUAUACAGUGUCAAAGGAGGUGUUGCUAGUCUGUUUAUGGUGUUUUUCGUUAUGUAAAUUAUUUUGUAAUAAAGAAUUUUUAAAAAGAAACGUUGGGGAGCAAGUUGCUGCCAUAAUCGUGGCAGGUUGAAAAUAGAAUAUGCCAGUGCCAGAUUUACGUAUAAGCUAAACAAGCUAUAGCUUACAGCCCCACUCUCUUGGGGGCCCCCAAAAAAUUUAAAGGGAAGAAAACCUGGAUGUACAUUUCCAAAAUACAACAUAAAAAACAAAAGGAAACCUACAUACAGCAACAGUGUUUUGUGUUGUGUAGGCUCCUAGGAUGUAAGUAAUGGGCCCCGCCUGCUCGCCUGCACCCUAAAAUAUCCCUGGUUUGCUCCUUUCUAUAUAUAGGGUGCCUACAUUCUGCAUGGACGGGGUGCAUAGCAACAUGUGCAAAUGGCUUGAGAUACCUACUGGGUCCAUAAAUUACUAUAUAGCAUAUAUUCCACACGAAAAACAGUGACAAUUUGUUGUUGACAAAGGACAGCUGGACAUAUCACGGGCCCCUUUACCUUCAGUAGCUGAGGGCUUCAUCAAACCUAAAUCCAGCCCUGAGAAUAUCCAUAUAAAUAGUCGAGGGCUUUGCACUGCUUUUUUCCUAUGGAAAGAAUGUGUGGCUUUUGCCAUCGAUGACAAUGAACAGUAACUUCAACAGAAGUCUAGUGUCCAGAUCAAAGGGAGUAAUGUUCCUGCUCUGUUCUGCCUUGGUCAGACCACACCUGGAAUCCUGUGUCCAGUUCUGGGCACCACAAUUUAAGAAGGAUGUUGACAAGCUGCAAGGUGGGCAGAGGAGGGCAACCAAGAUGAUCAAGGGUCUGGAAACCAAGCCUGAUGAUCUAAGGUCAAAAUGUGCCAAUUUGGGCACCAGGAAAAUUUAAUACCAUAAAGGAAAUAGUUCAAUUCGUGGGAACAUUCUUUCUUUCAUAAAAUGCGUACACUGCUUGAUUGAAUUUUCUUAAUAAUAAAAACCCCCUCAACAUGGUUUACAAAAAUGAGAUAAAGCAAUAAAAUUACCACCCAGAAAAAAGAGCAACAAUAAUUUAAUGCAUUCCUGAAGUUAAAAUAAUGAUAGGCCGAAAACAGAGCUUGCACCAACUCUGUGAACAUCAGGAGAGGCUUGUCUGAACGAAAACGUUUUUAGGAGGCGCCGAAAAAAGUGAAGUGAAGCUGCCUGCCUGCUAUCAAUAGGCAUGGAGUUCCGCAGUGUAGAUGCGGCCGCAUUCAAAAACUAAGUUCUUUUGAAUGCGGAACAUGGGGAUCUGCCUUGCAUUGAGGAAGACCCCUGAUCCAUCUAGCUCAGCACUACCGACACAGGCUGGCAGCAGCUCAGCCAAGUUUCAGGCGGGGCCUGUGCUAGCCCUGCCUGGAGAGACCAUCAGGGUCUGAACCUGGCACAUUCUGCAUGCCAAGCAGAUGCCCUAACACUGAGCCAGGAAUCUUUCCGAAAGGAUGCAUCUGUGAUUCUGUUUUGGGCCCCCGUCUGUCUCGGGAGACACCAUAGGGGUGCCUACUGUUCUCUGAUUCUUAAUUUAAAGUUCGCUGAUUUGGACUGGGGGCUUGUCGCCCCUGCUCCCGGCUUUUUCACGUACGUGGACAACUUCUGUGUCUCUCCAGCUUUCACCUACCACGAGUUCAUGCUGUGGUUGCGGAUGGUGACCCUCCCUCUGGCGGCCAUCGGGCUUGCCUCUCUGGUCUGGGAGAUCCUUCAGGCUGGGUACAGGUGAGUGCCUCACAGGUAAAGGGGAAGCGGUGUCUUUUGGGGGAAAGGCCUCGGCAGUGUCCCUACUGCUUUCUUUUUUUCCUUUUUAAAAAAAUAUUUUUUAUUACUUUUCCGUUUAAACGUAUAUAAUCACAUCAUUCUUGUCCAUUUCUUUGGCUCCUUAGAGCCUGUCGACUUCCUUCCCUCCCACCUCUUGGCUUUCAAAACUAACCUUUAUAUUAUAGCAUUUUAUAUAUUUUUCAGUUCUAAUGUACAGUGGUACCUCUGGUUGCGAAUGGGAUCCGUUCCGGAGGCCCGUUCACAACAUGAAAAGCCUGCAACCUGAAGUGCCGUAUCUGCGCAGGUGCAUGGCGCAAUUUGGCCUUAUGCGCAUGCGCGAGCGGCAAAACCCAGAAGUAACCCUUUCCGGUACUUCCGGGUCGCCGCAGGACGCAACCUGAAAAACCGUGAAGCACACGUAACAUGAGGUAUGACUGUAACUCUUUACUAAAUACCUCAAAAUUUAAAAACAACCCCAAGAACAGCAAUUUAACAUGAAUUUUACUAUCUAAUGAGACCACUGAUCCAUAAAAUGAAAGCAAUAAUCAAUGUACACAAUCAAUCAAUAGCUGAACUGGGUUCUACACAGUCACAAAAACGAAAAAAAGAGCCACAAGAACGCAAAAUAAAUAGCAAAAACAGAUAUACCUCAUCAUAACACUCAAAACGGAAGCAUAAGACUCAAAACGGAGCAUCUUCGGCUUCUGAAAAAGGUUUGCAAAACGGAACACUUCUGGGUUUGUAGUGUUUGGGUUCCAAGUUGUUUGAGUACCAAGGCGUUUGAGAACCAAGGCACCACUGUAUAUAGAAUUAGCAGACAUGACAGAAAAGGUCAGGAACCGGUCGAUCCAAAAGUUUAACAAAGAAUGGGACAUCUGUAGACUAUAUUUAAAAGAACAUUGUCCCCUCAUCAAAUCCUUAAUAUGCUUUGAUUAACUCUUGUAAUAACACAAGUUUUAAAAGAAUACAAACAACAUUUAAUAUUGGUUAAGUUUACUAAAAAAAACCCAACAGAUGCAGUUAACAAGCAAAUAAAGGAGGCAGAGGAAGUCGUCAGGUGGAGAAUAAAGUUGCUUUAUUUUUUCCUUUUUCAGUUACAUAUUGUCCUUUUUUGUAUUGGUGGUGGUUUGUUCAUAACGCUUUUGUGUUUUGGUGUUACGAGGUGAUUGGAUGUAUUUUUUAUAAACCAAUAAAGACUGAACUGUAAAAUAAAAUAAAAAAGAGAUGGCAGAAGUUCAUUUGCAGCCCUCUCUAUUUGCCCUCUUUCUCUCUUCCCCAUAGGAGUGCUUGCACCCGUGGCUUUUUCUGGAAGCUCUGGAGCGCCACCCAGUGGGCCAUCUUUGCCACUGCGGCUCUCGGGAUGUUUACCAUCAGCCUGGUGAGUAAAUCAGGCGACAGCUUGGGGAAAGGGAUGACGUCUUGCGUGGGCCUCGAAAGCUGCCAAAUGUGCCAACUCAGAAAAAUAGAAAAGAAAAAUGGCACCUUUGAACGAUGGCAGGGGAAAGAGAAGUGGGAGGGAGGGAGGGAGGGAGGGGUGCUUUUUGUAUAAAUAUGAACCUUGCAUCUCACCGUGGAAUGAAUAUAUUGUCCUGUUGUUUCGUUUUAAAGCAGAUUGGGGGGGAAGCAAAGCCCCCCAACAGUUACUCUCACUUGCAAAGGGAUCUCUAGUGGUGGGGAUUUCUGGUGUUAUAAGAAUUCUAAGGUCUUACAUAUAUGAAAAUGGAAGCAGGUGGCGCUGUGGGUUAAACCACAGAGCCUAGGACUUGCCGAUCAGAAGGUCGGCGGUUCGAAUCCCCACGACAGGGUGAGCUCCCGUUGCUCGGUCCCUGCUCCUGCCAACCUAGCAGUUUGAAAGCACGUCAAAGUGCAAGUAGAUAAAUAGGUACCGCUCUGGCGGGAAGGUAAACGCUGUUUCAGUGCGCUGCUCUGGUUCGCCAGAAGCAGCUUAGUCAUGCUGGCCACAUGACCCGGAAGCUGUACGCCGGCUCCCUCGGCCAAUAAAGCCAGAUGAGCGCCGCAAACCCCGAGUCGGCCACGACUGGACCUGAUGGUCAGGGGUCCCUUUACAUUUACAUAUAUGAAAUAAAUGUUCAUAAAUGUACAAGGCAAACACAUACAUAAGUAUAAAAACCGUGUCUCUGAAAUAGUACAGGAGAACAAUCCUGAAGCCAUUUUUGACUCUCCCAAAUUGACCUCAAAUAUUUCUCUUCAAGGAGGAAGGAAAUGGGGAAAGCUUUCCAAUUGUCUUUGGCCUGUAGGGGCUGCUUACACCUCCCUGUAAAUACAGUCUGGCAAGUAUCUGUUAACCUGAGCACACUAUCAACGUGCGUGCGUAAGAGAUUCAGGAACUAAGUAUUUACCAUCUCAAAGGAAUGGCCAGGCUACCCAGAAAAGGCAAUCAGAUAAUAAGGCAUUAUCAGGUAUCCUGGCAGACAGGAGAGAAGCAACACACUCAAAUUUCUGCUGGGGACCACCUCUUUCUGUGAUGCAUGUAUGCUGUUUUUUUGGGGGUGGUGGUCUUGAGCUACAGGGUGGGCAAUUUCAAAAGUCUAUAUAAGGGCUUGCACACCAUUGUUCUGGGUUCCUCCUUUCCCUCCCUGCGUGGAGUGAGCGGGGGACCCUGUUGCAACAGUUUAAUAAAGAUUAUUAUUAUUAAAUUUUAUUUAUACCCUGCCCUCCCUAGCCAAGACAGGGCUCAGGGCGGCUAACACCGGUAUAAAAACAAUUGAUUGAAAUACGACUUAAAAACAAGAUUAAAAUACAACAUUAAAAUGCAGCCUCAUUUCAGUAGGAACUCAAAUCAAAAACUUUUUGGGGGAUGAAAACGUCAAGUCUUACUAGCUGCUUUGCUUCUCAAUAUUCUCUGGUUGGCCUCGGUUAUUUUCUCCUACCGAUAGGGAACCCACUUAAGGACUCUGUAUGGGCUCUUGGGUACCCCAUAAGGGGGAAAGGAGCAUUUUUUUCUUAUAACACGGGGCUUCAUUCAUUCAGAGAUGGGAUUCCACAUACCCGAUGCAUGUCUUUUGGACAGCUAAGCUCUUGCUGUUCCUGUUGUUGCAACGUUGUCUCCAGGAGAGGCUGACCCCCCCAAAAAAACCCUCCCCUCCUUGCUCUCUCUCUCUCUCGCCCCAGGUCCCCUUCACCUACAUUGAGUACGAGUCCAAUGGGAAACUCUGGCCCAGCGUCCACCAGCUCUUCAGUGCUGUUGACCGCUACCAGCUUGCCAACUCCUACGGUCUCUUCCGGCGGAUGACGGGGGUCGGCGGGCGUCCCGAGGUGGUCUUGGAAGGCAGCUAUGACAAGGAAACAUGGACGGUAAUUCAUGGAGAUAGAUAAACUUUAUUCGCAUUAGCCAACAGCCGUGGCAACAUAAAACAAGCAAUAUACCGUAUUGUUCGCUCUAUAAGAUGCACCUUUCCCUUCCUAAAAAGUAAGGGGGAAUGUGUAUGCGUCUUAUGGAGCGAAUGCAGGCGGGAGGCUCCGCUCAGCGCUCCCUUUAAAGAGCUGCCCUUCUCCCUCGGGGAAAAGCCCCCAAGAGCCGCACACACACUCCACGUACUCUUUAAAGGGAGCGCGGCUCUUGGGGGAGCCUUAGCCGCGCACAGCCUCUCCUGGGCAGUGGGAUGAAGGCUCGCCUUGCCCAGGAGAGGCUGUGCGUGGCUAUCCCAUAAGCCAGGACAGCCAGCGGGAUCGCUGCGCAGCGAUCCCGAUUGCUGUCCUGGCUUAUGGGAUUCAGAAUAUUUUUUUUCUUGUUUUCCUCUUCCAAAAACUAGGUGUAUCUUAUGGUCUGGUGCGUCUUAUAGGGCAAAAAUACGGUAUGCAAUUAAAAAGACAACAAUGGGUAAAAAGGGCAAUCAAAUGACCAAGAUUAUCGUUCAGAUAGUGGCUCUUAAUCUCAUUGCACCCUCGAUAAACCUAGCAACUUUUGCUGUUGUCUGAUCAUUUUGAUCUGAUAAAAGAAAGACCAGUGUGGCCGCAGAUGGGCGGCCUGGGAUGGAAAGUAAGAGUGGGGUGAUGAUCUCAUUCCUCAGAUCUUUAUAAAGGGGACAGGACAGGCGAACAUGAGGCACUGUUUCCAGAUUGCCAUCUCCACAGGGGCAGCGUCGUUUCUCAGUUGGAAUCUUUUGGUACCUGCCCUGAAGUAUGGCAGAAGGCAUCACAUCCAAUCUGGCCAGUGUGAAGUAGUCACGUCUGUAUUUUGGGAUAGUUAAUUUAUACAGAUACGGUGCCAGGGAAUCAAACUGAGAAGGGGGGGGGAAAGGCAUACCAAGGACAGAGUUUCUUUAUAAUGGCCAGAUUGUUCUGUUGCUCUAAGUCCUUCAGACGCUGUCCAGUUAGCCUUUUUGCUUUAAUAAAGCCCGUCAUGAGAAGCUGAUGUGGGUGAAGUCCGCAGGAGUUUUUGGUGCACAAUUUUGAACCACGCACUUUUAUGGGGGUCUUGUGUCACUAAGGGCAGUAGACCGGGUGGAUUUAGAUUUAGAUUUAGAUUUAGAUUUAGACGGAGACAAUAAUUAAGAGUUCUUUGCCAGGACUGAGCUUCUACAGAGGGAAGACUUGCCUCCAGUCAUAUUGCUGCAUUUGGGACACAAGGUGUUACAGGAAAAAUCUGCUUUAAAAAUUUGGAUUGGACAGUUUUAAGAAUGCUACAAUGAUUACCCGUGGCAAAACAAUGCUUGCAUAAGGUGCUAGACCUCAUGGAGGACGGGCACAAGCCGGGGCGGACUAAUGAGUCAUUUGCACGACUUGGGAGGCAGCUGAUGGUGGAAGCACAGCAUCCUGGGGGUUUGGGUGGUUUCAUUUAUAUAUAUCAUAUAUAUUCAUUUAUGUACAGUCGUACCUUGGUUCUCAAACUCCUUGGUACUUGUAUGUUUUGUUUCCCAAACGCUGAGAACCCAGACGUGAGUGAUCCAGUUUUUGAACGUUUUUCGGAAGCCGAACAUCUGACACAGCUUCCGCUUGAGCGCAGGAAGCUCCUGCAGCCAAUUGGAAGCCGCGCCUUGGUUUUUGAACUGUUUUGGGAGUCGAACGGACUCCCGGAACGGAUUAUGUUCGAGAACCAAGGUUCCACUGUAUAUCAUUUGUAAAGAUAUUUGUGCAUCCCUGUGUCAUAGAAAUACGUAGCGAAGUGGUUUGCUAUGUUCUUAAUUGCUUGCAUAAGCCUGGAGGAAUAGAGAAGUUUUCAGCAGGCAUUUAAAAGUUUGCUCGGGAGUCACCUGCUGGGUGUCAAGUGGCAGGGAGUCCCACAGGACUGGGCCAAUGACACCCAAAGGCUCACUUUCCCGUGGUCGUCCAAUGGACCUCGCUGAGCUGUGAUAUAAGGCUUCAGGCGAUGUGUGUGUGAUCAGUGCCUCUCUCGCCCGCAGGAGAUUGAGUUCAUGUACAAGCCGGGCAACGUCAGCGCUGCCCCCCCUGUCGUAACCCCACACCAGCCUCGCCUUGACUGGCAGAUGUGGUUUGCCGCCCUGGCUCCCCAAGCGCACAGCCCCUGGUUCACGGGCUUCGUCUACCGCCUCCUACAGGGCAAGAAAGAAGGUGAGAGGAGGGAAAGAGUCAGAGAACGGCCAUUUCCCACAUUUCCCAGAAUUCUGAUAUUGGGGGCGACUUACUACAGCUAAUAUUUUUUUGGAAGCCACCCAUAGUGGCUGGGGAAGCCCAGCCAGAUGGGCGGGGUAUAAAUAAUAAAUUAUUAUUAUUAUUAUUAUUAUUAUUAUUAUUAUUCUCCUAAUCAAGCUGUUUGUCUAAUUCUGCCUUCUGUUAUUAUUGCUGUUGAUUCAUUUGUUGCAUUUUUUUUUAAUUAUUAUUUUAUUUUCAAGGCAAAAUUACAACAAAAAUUACAAACAUUAAAUCCAAAAUAAAGCAAUACAAACAAGAAAAAGAAACAACCAAAAAAACCAACACAUCUACAAAUAAAACCUUAUCAUCAUUCUACUGACACAUUACGUACAUAUACACAUAUUGACUUCCUUCCUUUGUUCUAAGACCUCGAAAUUUUUACUCUUUCCAAAUUGUUGUGUCUAAUGUAGAUUACCUCUAUCUUUAUAUUUUCUGCACCAUUUUUCACUUUCUUUAACCCUGCAAAGCUUCAUUCGUUAUUUAACAAUAUACUCACUCCAGAACAAUAUUUUUUCAUAUACUCUUUAGCACAAUCCCAUUCUUUUACUAAUUUUUGGUCCAAUUGUCCCCUUAUGAAUGCUAUGAGUCUUGCCAGACGUAUAUAUUCACAAAAUUUAAUUUGCCACUUUUUUAUUGAUGGAAUUUUUCUCCCUUUCAAAUUUUUUGCUGGCAGUAGUUGUCGCAUAGAGGAAAACUUUCCUUUGAUUAUCAGGAAUAUCGUUUGUGAUUGCAUUUGUAUAUCCCACCUUGCUUUCCAAAGGAGCUCAAGGUGGCAGACACGGUUCUUAUCCUAAACCCACAAAAGCCCCGUGGGUCUAAGUGGGUGGGACAUCCGGACCCAUUGGGCCUGAAAGAACUUCCUUUCCCUCCCACAGUGAUCCAUCUCGUGCAGGUAGAUGACUCCAAAUACCCCUUCAGCUCCAAACCCCCAACCUACAUCCGGGCUCAGCUGUACAAAUACUGGUUCACGGACGCCGGUCAGGAUUGGUGAGUGACACGCAGCGCUUUCUGGGAGAGGGCGGGGAAUCCUUCGGGGCUGUUUCGUCCUCUCCUCGACCAUCUUCUCGUGGGAAUGUUCAGGGAGGCAGGAGAGGAUAUAUUGUUUAUUAAUAUAUUGUUUAUUAAUAUCCUUCCUAACUUGCGCUAAGGACGCGGGUGGCACUGUGGGUUAAGCCACAGAGCCUAGGGCUCGCUGAUCAGAAGGUUGGCGGUUCAAAACCCCGCGACAGGAUGAGCUCCCGUUGCUCUGUCCCACCUCCUGCCAAUCUAGCAGUUUGAAAGCACAUCAAAGUGCAAGUAAAUAAAUAGGUACCACUCCGGCAGGAAGGUAAACGGCAUUUCCAUGCGCUGCUCUGGUUCGCCAGAAGCGGCUUAGUCCUGCUGGCCACAUGACCUGGAAGCUGUCUGUGGACAAACGCCGGCUCCCUUGGCCUAUAGAGCGAAAUGAGAGUCGUCCGCGACUGGACCUAACGGUUAGGGGUACCUUUACCCUUUUAACUUGCGCUAGCAAGUUCCUUUAUGUAGCAGUUAUAUUCCGCUUUUUACAUGCACAGCAGAUAGCUGGUUGCAGGCUCUUGUGAGCCUCUCACUAUUAUACAAUUCAGUCUGUCUCAGAUUGAAUUGUACGUUCCUGGUAAGUUCCCUUGAAUUCCUCUUAAAAGAAUAAAGACACCACAAUCUUAUUCAAAGUCAAUAAAAGAAGUUUACUCACAUCAGUUCAGAGUUGGAUCCCUGAAGGCAGACUUAGUUACAAAUAUGUACGUGUGGAUCUGCCCCAUAUGGGGGAAUAGUCCCAGUGCUAGCUGAGAGCUAGCAGAGCAGUCCUAGCUGAAAGCUGGUCAAACAAAGGAAGUCAAAAAAGAGAGGGACGUGUGCUGCGCGACUUGUCCUUUUGUUACCUGGACAGGUUAGGUCACGCCCACCUUCUGUCAUAUGCAAAAGGAAGGAUGCUGAAGCCAGGAGGAACAGGAAGUUUUGACUGUCUGGACCAACAUCCCCUUGCAUGUCCAUUCUAGGCAGACAAGGAAUGUUGUAUUUGACUGCUCCCACACUUCUGCCACUCCCUCACUCCACCAUUCCCCUCAUCCAACCACAGUCCUUUGAAACACUUGCUCAACCCGUUUUUGUUUUUACUCUACUUGCAGAAGUUUCCCCCUCUAGCAGCCAGCAUUAGACUUCCCGUCGGCCUGGUUCCUGCUAGUUCUUUGCUCAGGCUGCGUAUCCUCGCGUACGUGAAGCCUCCCCGAUAACAGAUUUUGCAGAAUUCUGCCUCCUGCUCCCAGGAUACGGGUGUGGAAUGGGUGGGGCUGUGGACCACGAAUGCAUCUGAACAAUAACAAUAUGAUAAUCUUUAUUGUCAUUGUCCCAUACAGAACAACGAAAUUGAAAAUCUACAUCAGACAUUCAGAAACCAACAACCCUGCUAUCCUAGCCUAGUUAGCUCCCUAAAAACUCUGAUACCCCAUAAUUAAAUACAAAAUACUCCCAUAGAGACUACCUUAAAGGUAAAGGGACCCCUCACCAUUAGGUCCAGUCGCAAACGACUCUGGGGUUGCGGCGCUCAUCUCGCUUUACUGGCCGAGGGAGCCGGCGUACAGCUUCCGGGUCAUGUGGCCAGCAUGACUAAGCCGCUUCUGGCGAACCAGAGCAGUGCACGGAAACACUGUUUACCUUCCCACCAGAGCGGUACCUAUUUAUCUACUUGCACUUUGACGUGCUACCUUACACUGCGGUUAAAACCAAAAUCGCAUUUGGAUAGAAACUGUUUCUCAGGCUGCUGGUCCUAGUCUUUAUAACCCUGGACCUUCUUCCAGAAGCAGAAGCUGAAAGAGAUCUUUUCCAGGGUGCACACUAUCCUGCGCUAUCUCUGCAGCUUUCUUAUGGCACCUGGAAGCAUAGAUUUGAUCCAAGGCGGGAAGAGUGCACCCAGUCAUUCUCCCGCUUCCUGCCCCCCUGCAGGUCCCUCCCUCAGCGGUGGUGGAGGCGGCAGUGGCAGGAGGAAUUCUACCCGGCCGUCUUCCUCGGCGACCCCGCCCUGGACAACCUCUUGGUCCAACAUGGGCUUAAGGUGAGUCGAGGGGCAGGGAGCAUCUGUGCCCUUACAAGAGGGUGAGGAGGGCUGCAUGAGCACAGGAGGAACGGGGGAGCAUCGGGCUUGGAUAGUUCCAUUGGUUAGAGCGUGGUGCUGAUGAUGCCAAGGUUGCAGGUUCGAUCCCCGUAUGGGGGAACUGCCUAUUCCUGCCUUGCGGAGGGCUGUGCAGUGCCAGAUUUACGUAUAAGCUCAACAGGCUCUAGCAUAGGGUCCCACUGUCUUGGGGGCCCCAAAAAAAUUAAAGGAAAAAAAACACUGGAUGUACAUUUCCAAAAUAUAAGAUAAAAAAGCAAAUAAAAUAAAGCCUACAUACAGCAACAGUUUUUUCUGUUGUGUGGGCUCCUAUGAUGUAAGUCAUGGGCCCCGCCUGCUAGCCUGCUCCCUCAAAUAUCACUGCUUUGCUCAUUUCUAUACAGAGGGUGCCUACAUUCUGCUGUUUAUAAUUAUUUGCAUCAUAUAAUUACAGCUAUUAUUAUUUCAUGUUAUAGCAAGUUUCCAGAGACUAGAUCGUGAGUCUUUGUAAACUGUUUCUAAAGGAACAUUUGUUGUUGCCCAAUGCCAAUGUGUUUGCAUUAUUAAGUUUGUUAUGAAUAAAAAAUCGUUUUAAGUUAGAGCUUAAUAAUUGUUUCACUAUUAAUAUGUACUUCUUCUUAACUGUAUUUCACUAUUAAUAUACUUCUUCUUAAUUGUUCAGCAAUUACUUUGACAAAACACAUAUUUUGUUAUAUGCAAAUGGCUUGAGAUGCCUAUGAGGUCCAUCAAUGACCAUAUAGCAUACAUUCAACACAAAAAACAGCGACCAUUUGUUGUUGACAAAGGUCAGCUGGAGAUAUCAAGGGCUCCAUUACCUUCAGGAGCUGAGGGCCUCAUCCAACCUCAAUCCGGCCCUGGGGCUGUUCUAGAUGAUCCUCAGGGUCUCUUCCAACAGGGGCCAUCCAGCUGUCCCAAAGUGAAACCUGCAAGCAGGAUUCGAACACAGGUGCCCUCUCCCCUCCUGUGGUUUCUAGGGACAGCGAUUCAGAAGCAUGGCUUCCCUCAGCUGUGGAGGCCAGAGCAUAGCCAUCCUGGCUAGGAGCCACCCAGAGCCCUCUCCUCCUCCAGGAAUUUGUCCCACCCUCUUUUAAAGCCGCAUUCACUGCCUCCUGUGGGAGGGAUUUCCACAGGUUAACUCUGGCUGCAUGAAGAAGGACUUUCUUUGACCUGUCCUGAACCUUUCAAUGGGGUAGAGAGUGGGGGGGGAGCCCUGUGUGGCUCCCCUUUGCCCCGGCAGAAGACGAGAGUCCCCGCUCUGGUCCCUCCCCCCGCCCCCCCCCCCGUUUCUCUUCCCUCCUGGCUCUCAGAAAGGGGGGGGAGGGGGUUCAGCAGCUAGAUGAUGGGAGAUUGCUUCCUCGCGCUUUGUGGGGAAAGCCCCCUGUUCUGCCAAAUCCUUUUUAUUGAUUUUCCAAAUUUUUACCAAAUCACCCAUGUUAAAACAAAUUUAAUACAAUUUUUCCAAAAAUUGGUUUUCCACCCUCCAUUCUUGAUGUGUCCAAAGUUUCUUUUUUGCUUCCGCAUUAUUUUCCAAGUUAUUCCUAAUUCGCAUAGCAUUCCUUACAAUUAACCUUAUAUUACAGUAUAUAUAUAUUUUUUUUAAAAAACCAUUAUCAGCCAUCAGCUAUCCCCUUGCCAGUUCCUGCACGUACAGUCUUUUAACAUUUGCAGUACCUUCAAGUGAGGUUAACCGACUAAUGAUCAAUCCACAAUAAAUCGAAAAUAAAUUCUUUUCCUCCGUUCUGUGUGCGUGAAAGCCAAACCAUUCGUGUUCGCUAGAUGUUCCCCUGCUCAUCCCACAGCAGAAGUGCAGCUAAACAUCAGGAAGAACUUUCUGGCAAUGAGAGCAGAGAUCCCUGUAUUGCAGGGGGUUUGAAUAUUCAGAACCCCACUCCCAAAUUAGGGCAGUUUUGAAAUCAGUAGCUAAAACCAGUGCAGUUUUGAAAAGUACAGCCUUGAUUUAGAAUGGUGUCCAGCUGUUUUCCAAGUCGCUCCUUGAUCUUAAGACGACAUGCAAAAUUUUGUCACAAUAUUGUAAGCUCUACGUGGGGCUACCUUUGAAGGUGACCCAGAAAUUAGAACUAAUCCAAAAUGUGGCAGCUAGACUGGUGACUGGGAGCGGCCACCGAGACCACAUAGCACCAGUCUUGAAAGACCCACACUGGCUCCCAGUGCGUUUCCGAGCACAAUUCAAAGUGUUGGUGCUGACCUUGAAAGCCCUAAACGGCCUCGGUCCAGUAUCCCUGAAGGAGCGUCUCCAUCCCCAUCGUCCAGCCUGGACACCGAGGUCCAGCUCUGAGAACCUUCUGGCGGUUCCCUCCCUGCAAGAAGUGAGGUUACAGGGAACCAGGCAGAGGGCCUUCUCGGUGGUGGCACCCGCCCUGUGGAAUGCUUUCCCACCAGAUGUCAAGGAAAUAAACAAUGAUCUGACUUUUAGAAGAUGUCUGAAGGCAGCCCUGUUUAAGGAAACUUUUAAUGUUUGACGUUUUAUUCUAUUUUUAAUAUUCUGCUGGGAGCCGCCCAGAGUGGCUGGGGAAACCCAGCUAGAUGGGUAGGGUAUAAACAACAACAACAAGAAGUUGGACAGACUCCCAUGAGAGAUAGUAGACUCUCUCCCUCCUUGGAGGUUUCUAAGCAGAGCCACCUGCCAGGGAUGCUUUAGGUGAGAUUCCUGCAUUGCAGUGGGUUAGACUGGAUGGCCUUUGGAGGUCCCAAUUCUGUGAUUCUCGAGCUAUGGCCUUGCCUUGCCAACACUUUCUUCCCUCCCUCGUAGGACAAGGCCUCACCGAAGAGGGCCUCGAGUGCCCCGCUAUCGACGGCCCUGCAGCGAGUUCGAGAGUACCUCCACCCGUACAGCGGCCCGGCCGUCAUCUGGUCCCUGUACCUCACGGGGGCUGCCAUUUGCCUCCUGAGGGCGGCGGGGGGCUGGCUGCUGGCGGGGGGCGCCCCCAGCGGGCCUGGGAAGCCCAAGGGCGGCAAGCGGGCGGAAGUGGACACCGGGGCCGGAGGAGACCAGGCGGCCGCCAGCGAGAAGAACGGGCAAGUGAGGAGGAAGGAGGCGGCGGCAGAGAAGUCCAGGGGCCUGGCCGAGCCCCCCGCGGACGGACCCCGCAACGUCAAGAAGAAGAAAUAAUAGGUGCUGUUCCUGGAGGGGUGCCCCAUUCUGUGCCCCCAAUCCCACCUUCCAGGGGCUGACGGAUGCUCCCACAGGGCCCUGCCGCUUUCGGCCAGAAACGCCCGCAGAUUUUUGGGGUGCGGGUCUCUUUGGGGAUCUCUCUUGAUCCUCGCUCCCCGCUCCUCCUCCUGUUUGGGGAUCUCUGCUUCACGUGCACGGGGCUUUCGGGUCUGGGGGCCCGUUGAACCUUUUCCCUUCCCUGCACCCCAAAGCUUUUCCCAGAUGCCGCCCGUGAAGUCGGAGGCCCCCCAAAGCCCUUCCCAAGGCGAAGGACGAGGCUGUUCUAGGCUAAACAAAAGGCCUCUUUGGCCUCUUAAGACACCUCUGCACCCCCCCCCAAAAAAACCCCCCUCUUUUAUUUGAUGCUGCUUAUUGAACGCGGUUUCACUCUUGGGGCUCUUCCUGCUCCUCACGAGGAGCUGAAUGCCUGAAAACCGGAUGCGGGGGGAGUAUGUAUCCCCCUCAAAAAAAAUCUUCAUUUUUAGAUAAAAAAAUCUCUCCUCUGGAUUUUUGGCUCUGCUCCUGGAGCUGGCAUUGGGUGCGAAAGUCUGCUGGUCUUGGUGUGGGAGAUUUACAAGGGAGCUCCCCCCCCCCAGGGGAAAACCCUUUCUCUCUUGCUGAGCGCUGUUUUGAGGUGGUGGGUGCCCCCCCCCCCCAAAAGAGGGGCAGCAGAAGUGGCCGCCUUGCCUCAACCCGCAAACUUCUUUCUGGGCCAGCCCCCCCCCCCUAUUUUCCUGGCCCUUGCCUUGACCUCAAUUGUGCCUCCCUUCCCCCCUCCACCUGGGGGGCAGGUGAGAUUGCCUUUGCCGCCCCCACCCCUGUGCUGCCCUCUAGUGGGAGGGCCCUGAACAGCAACCUCGGCGGGCCUGUUGGCUCUAGCAGAUGCCCCCCCCCCAAGGAAGGAGGUGCGCUGCCGGCGUCCAGAGACAGAGUGAUCUAUAAUUUUCUAAAUAAAGCCUUUACAUUCCAGC